AUGGAAUUCCCGGAAGAUCGCGAAUCCAAGGGAUUUCUAAUGAGGCCUUUGACCCCUGGGGCUACAGGGGACAGCCAGGGCGUCACUUUAUCCUGGAGAGAUUUGUCGGUUUACGCUGUGGAUCGAGGAAGCAGCAGUAUUUGCAAACAAUUAAUUAAUAAUGUUCGUGGAGUUCUGAAACCGGGGGAUUUAACCGCGAUAUUGGGAGGGAGUGGCGCAGGGAAGAGUUCUCUCAUGACAGCACUUGCGUAUCGAACUGCGCCUGGCGUAAUAGUGCAUGGAGAUAUAAGAGUAAACGGGCACCCAGUGGACCCCAAGUACAUGAAACAUCACAGUGGAUUCAUGCAUCAAGAGGAUAUCUUCAUCGGUACAAUGACAGUGCUAGAGCACCUGUGGUUCAUGGCUAGAAUGAAGUUGGACCGGAGGAUGGCGACUCGAGAGAUUCGAGAGAAGAUAUCGAGCUUAUUACGAGAGGUGGGACUGUUCGACAGGUCUGGCGUGAGAAUCGGCUGUGGAGGAGACGACAAGGUGUUGUCCGGGGGCGAGAAGAAAAGACUAGCAUUUGCGACCGAACUUCUGACUGAUCCAAAGAUCCUUUUCCUGGACGAACCAACGACUGGCCAGGACUCCAACUCAGCAACAGUCCUCAUUUCACACUUGACAGCCUUUGCGAGUCGAGGCAGAACAGUCCUGUGCACUAUUCAUCAGCCCAGUUCAGCUAUUUUCGAUAAUUUUCACCGGAUUAUUCUCGUGGCCGAUGGGAGAAUUGCGUUCGCUGGCACCAGGGAUCAAGCACUUUUGUUCUUUUCAAGACAGGGCUACGAAUGUCCGAGUAACUACAACCCUGCUGAUUUCCUAGUUGCCACACUUGCAAUAGCCCCUAGGGAUGAGGACAGCAGCAGAAGAGCUGCUCAGAGAGUUUGUGAUGCCUUUUUAACCAGCGAUUCCUGCAAAGAGAUGGAUGUCACGUUACAACUCGAACUUCAUAUCUCAAAGGCUUACGACUGGAAGAACGACAUUUUUCAAGCUGAUAAUUUCAAACAUCCAAGAUGGUGGACGAGGCUGUUCUGGCUGACCCACCGUGGACUAUUCCAGGUGUUGCGCGAUCCCUCCCUUCAAUUCCUGAGAAUCCUCCAAAAGCUGUGUGUUGCGACCAUGGCUGGAUUGUGCUUCGUAGGAGCAAUCAGCCUGAAUCAACUGGGAGUUCAAGCUGUCCAGGGGGUCCUCUUCAUCCUCGUGACAGAGAACACGUUCUUCCCAAUGUAUGCGACUCUCUCCCUGUUCCCACAAGAAUUACCACUGUUUCUCAGGGAGAACAGGGCUGGGAUGUACUCCACUCAUCUCUACUACAUCUCUCGAUUGAUUUCGCUGUUUCCUGGAUUAAUCGUUGAACCUGUUUGCUUCACGAUGAUCAUAUACUGGUUAGCAGGCCUCAGAAACACAGCUGAAGCCUUCGGGCUCACUCUUCUUGUAACAAUCUUUACUAUGAACGUGUCAACAGCUUGUGGCUGUUUCUUUUCUGCUGCAUUCGAGACGGUCCCCCUGGCGAUGGCGUAUCUCGUGCCCUUCGAUUACAUCCUGAUGACCACAAUGGGGCCUUUCAUUAAAUUAGGUUCACUUCCACUCUACGUCAAGUGGGUCAGGUACAUCUCCUGGCUUCUGCAUUCAACCGAGGCCCUGACCAUUGUGCAAUGGCAAGGAGUCCAGAAUAUCUCCUGUGACUCCUCAACCUCUCAACCUGAACUGCCCUGCGUUACUGACGGGGCUGAGGUCAUGGAGAUGUACGACUUUGAUGAGACCCACUUCUGGCUGGAUCUCCUCUCCAUGGCUAUUUUAUCCACCUGUUUUCACAUCCUGGGGUAUCUGUGUUUGUGGAGAAGGUGUCGAGACAAGCAAUAACUUGUUCACCAAUUUUUCCACUUCACAGUCAACGUUAGACGAUAAAU